GUGUCUCGCAACUUCGCGUCUCGGCUCUCCCUCUCUCCUUCCUGCAGCUUCUUGAUCUCUGUCUCCAUCAGGCAAUAUUAAUAGCAAUCCCGGUUGAUAUUCUGGCCAUGGUCCAGCCUUCGACAGCUCUACUACGUCCGCGGAUCUCCAAGUCCUGUGACCAAUGCAAGGCACGCAAAGUCCGCUGUGUCUCUGGCGAACCCAAUUCACAAAGCUGUAGGAAUUGUGUCGUACGUGAUCUGUGCUUUUGUUUUGUUUUUAAUCGGCAGGUCAUUGUUACUCUGGAGUCUUGUCAUUGACUACGACUUCCUGUUGUCAGAGACGCAACACCCAAUGCCAUUUUAGCCAAACCAGACGCAAACUGAAAUACUUGGAGCCAAGUAUGAUUCCAGGGCAUGAUGCCUCUUCCGUGCCUGGCAUUUCUUCAACGCCACCUACAGAUUUCAGGCCUGGGGAUUCCAGUGCAUCGGAUCGCAGGCAUCGGAAACUCUACGUGGAUCGUCUUCUAGAAGAUCCACGGGUUGAGGGAAGGGCAAAUCAGGCGGGUUCUCUCUUCAAGGCCAAUGAAAAGUACGUGGCAAGUUCGAAUAUUGCCUUUUUUUCGGAAAGUAGAAUUCGCUCUCUGUCAAUACGUCUUGGGAAUGACAAGCUGCGGGAGGUCGUCGAAAGGAUUGACGAGUACAUAAACGCACGUAUGAAUCCCAGUAACAAAUCGUCGAGCUGGAUCAUUCAGUUUAGGGGGCCGUCUUCUCCCAUCCAGGUAUCAAAGGAAGCUACGGCGUCUUACAUCGGAGCAUACUUUGACCAAGUUCAUCCGACAUACCCGUUCCUUGAUCGAAAUGAUUUUGAAUGUAAAGCAUCCAGACCCGAUUUGCCCCAAUACCUGGAGGCGUGUCCUCCCUUUUCAGCUCUUUAUCAUACCGUCUUGGCACUAGGAUGCCAAUACACCGAAGGGGGUUCUUUCGACCCCGGGGACGGGGAAGCGUGGAAGCUGUUCCAGGUCUCCUUAGGCCUAUUCUUAGAUCUUCUUGUGCCCAGGGAGACUUUGACUACCGUGCAAGCCAUCACUGCUAUGUCUAUCUUUGCCUUAAAUCUGUCUUGUAUCCAGAUCGGAGAGACAUUAACAGCGGAGGCAGCCAGAAUGGUGCAAUCUCUUGGCUAUCAUAAAGCUCUCUACGCAGGGGAAAGUGAGAUUGCUUGUCAGAGAACAUUCUGGGUCGUCUACUCAUUGGAAAAGAUCUCAAGCUUCUUUAUCGGGAAAGGUUCCGCCUUUCUCGAUUUGGACAUUGGAUGCCCCAUCCCAGAGACACCAUCGCCGGGUGUAGGAGGCAUUGACUGGUUUCUCUUAACCGCCCGAUUCAGCCGUCUGGUCUCCAAGGCAUACGAUAUGCUCUUUUCUGUCACCGCAACAAUGAACUCCACUAAGGAGUACUAUGCAGCAAUUGACGAAAUCAAUGAUGACCUAGAAACUUGGAGAAAGACAUUCCCCAAGGAAUUUCGUCCGGGAGAGCCAUUUCGACCCCAGACCUUCUCUUGCAUGUACCAUAUGCUAACGACGCUUAAAUGGCAUUACUUUUACUACGGCAUACUGAUGUCUUUGUGUCGCCUGACACUACACGUCGGCGCCGACACAUCCACCCAGCGACUCGAGGAAGCGAAAGUCCGACUUAUGAAUAGCGCGCGUGUGGUGAUUGAUCUAACGAGAUAUGUCGACGCGGAGCCAUAUACUUCUGUAUGGAUGUUAGGCAUCAUUCCACUAUCUGCAUUGUUUAUCUUAUUCGACUUUGUCAUUCAUAAUCCUUUCCAUCCUGAAACCAGUACCAACUUGGCGCUUCUGGGCGUCGCGGUUGGCCACUUCAGUCGUCUUGAUUAUGCAACGAGAGGUUCCUUACCCUGCUCUAUUCUCUCUGAUUUUGCCCACCUUGCGCACCAUUUCGUGCGAGACGAGCUACAUAAAAGAGACCAGGGUUACGGUACAGAUCACACAGUUCAUACGAGGGAUAAUAACAACGCAAGGCAAAACGUGGAUCAAGGCCAGUACCUUCCUUCGGCUGGGAACUCCCAAGAGCAUGGUUACCUUUCCGGGCAAAUGACUCAAACCAGCCAAGUACCAAAUGGAAAUCCAAAUCCAAUAAACCACAAUGGCAGCCUUGUAAACGAUCCCAAUCGAAUUAUUGAACAAAACCUCCUCUAUCCAGUUCCGGAAUUUCCAGCUCCCGUGGGUGGGGAAGUGCUGGCUGGUUUUGGCAAUCUGUUCGACGUUGAGUUUCCGGAUUUUACCCUUCAGCUGCAAUAGUGAUUGUUUAUAUGGUACAUCUUCAGUACAGCGUAUUACUCCCGUGUGGGACAUUGUGUUAAUUAUAUGCAUGUAUAAUGAGCAUUCACCAGUAACUAAUAAUAGAGUAUUGGACAAUUGGUGUGGUUACUGAACGGGGGUCUGUUUAUUCUUCUUGGUUCCCCAGAAAUCUCCAAAAUAUGACAAUAGCCAUGUGCCAGUAAC